AAAAUCAAAAUCGAAAAACAAAAUUCAAAAAUCAAAAAUCAAAAAUCAAAAUCAGAAAACAAAAACCCAGAAAUUGAGGGAGGAGGAGACGUGUUCUUGGUGCUCUCCGUGGAGGUGUUGCGUGUGCUCGUCGUGGUGGUCUUCGUGGUAGCUUUGGGAGAAUGAAGAAAGGGAAGGAGGAGAUGAGAAAGGGCGAAGGAGGAGAUGAGAAAGACUGAUGAGAAAGGGCGAAGAAGGAGAUGAGAAAGAUCGAUGAGAAAGGGCGAAGGAGGAGAUGAGAAGAGGAGAGAGAAAGAGUAGGAAAGAAGAGGAGGGGAGAAGCGGCGAGAAUAAUAGGGUUUAGUAUUAAUAUGGCUGAUUUUUUUUUUUUUUUUAAGUUUAAGCGGUUUUCUUUAAAUUAAGGAGCGGUUCAAUUGGCACCGGUUCAAACCGGUGCCCUUUUAGUUUUUGGCACCGGUUUGGUCUGAACCGGUGCCUUUUAUAUUUGUGUAAAAUGGCGCCCAAAUUUGGGCCGGUUUAGGGCACCGGUUUGGCCUGAACCGGUGCCUUUAUGGGGGUGCCUUAUUGUAUUUUUCUACUAGUGUAUUUUGUGAUAAAUAUGAUUACAACAAUGCUUAAACUUAAUUAGUAUGAUUAAAAAAAAAUAUUCAAUAAUAUUGAUAUUUGCAACCGUUAUAUCUUACAUGAAGUUUCUAAUACUAUAAAUACGCACGCAUACAAGCAAACAAACCAAACACAUUUCAAAACACAUACUAUAGCUAACAAAUAUUUUCACAAGAAAAAAAAAAUGAAGAAGGUAAACCAAAGUCAUCCUAGAUUAAGAAAAUCAUGGGAGAAUAAAACCUAUGAACAGAUAAUUUCUUCCUCAGAAAUGGACUCCUUAACAAGUAUUUGUGAAGCUCUCUUCCCUCCACUUGAUCCUCCUUCUAAACUCGAUCAUAAUCAACCAAUCGAUAACUCUAUCAAAUCCUUCUAUCGAUCCUCUGGAUCUCAAAAACCCAUACCUUUCGAGGUAGCGGGGGUGAUGAAAGAUAGAGGAUUGCCGGAGGCAGUGUUAUUGGUAAGGGUAGUAUUAUGGUUACUAUCAACAAGAUUAGGGACACUUUUGUUAUGUGGAUCUCUUUGUUUUGGUAAAGAAUGGCCUUACAUAACAAAGUUUUCUCAUUUGGCAACGGAAAGAAGAGAGAAGAUUCUACAGAAUUGGUCAUGUCACAAGUUCUUUAGUCCACUUAGAUUGGUCUUCUUUUUUCUCAAGUCAUUGUGCCUCUACUUCUGCUUUUCCUUGGUGGAUGAUAACUCUCAUAACGCGGUAUGGGAGGCAAUAGACUACAAACCUGAUACCACCACCACAGAUAACAAAGCAAACAACCAAGGGCGGCCUCUAGAAAGUGGCAUUGUCGAGACCCUCUAUGAAACUCCGUUAACCCUAUUGCAAUCUCUCACGAGUAAAGGGCUCGAUGUCAGAGAGGAUCCCAAAGAUAACCUCUACAAGAUCAAGUGUGAUGUAGUCAUUGUGGGAUCUGGUUGUGGGGGAGGAGUGGCAGCUGCAAUCCUUGCUGCAGCGGGCCAAAAGGUGGUGGUCCUCGAAAAAGGAAACUACUACUCUGCCCCUGACUACUCCUCCCUUGAAGGCCCCACGAUGAACGAGCUCAUGGAGAAAGGAGGAAUGAUCCCUACCACUGAUGGGGCUGUCAUGCUACUUGCAGGGUCUACUGUUGGGGGAGGGACAGCUGUCAACUGGUCUGCUGCCCUGAACACUCCAGACCCUGUCUUAAAAGAGUGGGCUGACGAACAAGGGUUAGGCUUGUUUGGUAGUCCACAGUACAAGUUUGCCAUGCAGAGUGUAACUCAAAGGCUUGGUGUUACAACUGAGUGUGUGAAGGAAGGAUUUCAGAACCAGGUCCUGAGAAAAGGGUGUAAGAAUUUAGGCAUAAAGGUCGACCAAGUCCCACGGAAUUCCUCUGAGGCUCACUACUGUGGAUCCUGCUACUAUGGAUGCAGGACUGCGGACAAGCAAGGGACUGAUGUGACAUGGCUCGUUGAUGCUGUCAACUUAGGAGCAGUGAUAAUCACUGGCUGCAAAGCCGAGACGCUUCUCUUCACAAAAAAUGGCCGCAAGAAAGAGAAAAGAUGUGUUGGAGUUUUAGCGAGAUCAUUUAAUGAGAAGAUCCCGGGAAAGUUUGAGCUUGAAGCCAAAGUGACCAUUUCAGCUUGUGGGUCAUUACUGACACCUCCGCUACUGAUCUCAAGUGGACUGAGGAACAGACAUAUUGGAAAGAACCUCCACCUCCAUCCAUCCCUGAUGGUGUGGGGAUAUUUUCCAGAGGGACCCACUUCACAAUUUGAGGGAAAGAGCUAUGAAGGUGGGCUGAUCACAUCUGCACAUCAAGUGGCACCAGAUCAAAUGUCCAACUCCAUGCCGAGGGCCUUGAUAGAGACACCUGCCCUAGGGCCAGCUGCUUGUGCUGCCCUCUUCUGCCCAUGGGAGUCAGGCAGUGAUAUAAAGAGGAGAAUGUUAAGGUAUUCUAGGACUGCCAAUUUGUUUGUGAUGGUGAGGGACAAAGGGUCUGGAGAAGUCCGGUCAGAGCAGAGGAUCAGCUAUGGGUUAAGUGCAGAGGACAGAGAAAAUAUGACAGCAGGGCUUCGGAGAGCCUUGAAGAUUCUGAUUGCAGCUGGUGCUGUUGAGGUUGGGACUUAUAGGAGUGAUGGGCAGAGAAUAGAGUGUAAAGGAAAGAGUGAGGAUGAAAUAGAAGAAUUUUUAGGAUCAGUUUCUGCUACCAAAGGGCCUUUGACAGCUCGUUUCUGGGCAGUUUACUGCACGGCCCACCAGAUGGGAAGUUGCAGGAUGGGAAGGAGAGAAAAUGAAGGUGCAGUUGAUGAGAAUGGGGAGAGUUGGGAAGCAGAAGGAUUGUUUGUAUGUGAUGGAAGUGUUCUGCCUAGUGCUGUUGGUGUUAAUCCUAUGAUCACUAUACAAUCUACUGCUUACUGUAUUGCAAAGAAGCUUGCCGAAUCUCUAAAGAAUGGGGAGUUUAACAUCUAGAUAGGUUUUCGAUCUGUAAUCUGUAUUUCUAACUUACUAAUAAAUUUAAAAUUAGGAGAGGUUGUUUCAAAUAGAAGUAGGGAGGUAUGAGUAAACUCUUGCUUUUUAACUGUGUGGUUUUUCUUUGAAGUUUAGAUCAAUAUGUUGGGCAAUAGAUAAACUGUUUUAUUUUUCACCAAUACAGCAGUUCCAAAAUCUAACUCAGAAUCAUGAACCGGUGUAAUUUGACAGCCAUACAAUCUGAUCAUGAAUACACUUGGAA